AUGUUUAAGUCCGUGAGAACAUUUCUGAGUGCUUCAAGACUAUCCACAAGAUCGAAGCCUCUUGCCUUCUCCAAUCUUGCAGACAUAAAGUUGCGUGCACCUAUUGCGCCAACCCACAAGAAUUUCGAUGUCUCACCAGAUCAUCCAUUAUGGGCAUUUUUCGAAGGGGGAAACACCCUGAAGGCUGCUCUCAGAGAUGGUAAUGACAUCACACAACUCGAGGUAAGACCCUGGUCCAUGGCUGAAUUGAGAAGAAAGUCUUUUGUAGACUUACACCAAAUUUGGUACCAAGUACUAAAGGAAAGAAAUAUCAUCGGUACCGAACUCCGUUUGGCGGAAAGCUUGGAGUACAGUCGUGCACACCACCACAAGGACUUUGAUGAAAAGUUAGCUUUGGUGCAGAAAAGAAUUAAGGUAGUGUUACUCGAAAGACAGACUGCGUACGAGAGAGCUCAGCUUUUGGAUGAUGUAAAACAAGAGUACUUGGAGCAAUUCAAGCAGAGAUACAUCGAGGUGGACCAAGCCAACGAAGUUGAUAUGGAGGAAAAGUUGGACAGGUUGCAAUUUGCCGUAUUUGGCAUCCAACCAGACUUGAACGAUAUCGAUUUAGAGCAUGAUAUAAACGUCAGCUUCAUCAAGGGAGUUGAGUAUAACGCAGAAUUGAAAUGGGGUAAACAUUUGCAAGAAACUGGCCAAAAUUUGGCACCAUUGAAAAGUAUCGUCGAGCAGUUGCCAUUUUUGUUGAAGGAUACAACUGAAGCCGUCGAGGAAGUCAUCGAGUUGAGAGACAGUGAAGUGGAUGUUAAGAUGGACAAGAUUGAUGUUAUACCAUUUUUGAAGAGCGCCAUAGGUAACUUCAGAGGAGAUGGGAUCGAGGAAGAAGUAGCUGAAGAUAUCUAA